AUGAAAACUCAACCUAUAUCUCCCAGCCCCGCCUCCCUUGUUGGUCUUGCCCGGACGCCAACGCCUCAUGCAGCAAAACUUCUGCCCUCACAGAAAAGGGCCAACCAGUGGCCCAGAUGGUCACAAGAUGUCAUUCCGUCCCUACUUGUACCAUAUUUAUCCUAUAUCCAACAAACUUCGGUGUUACGUUAUACCAACGCACCAGGAGAAGCUCAGCAAGAUCUUGCAGUUUGCCAAGCUGGGUGUAGGACUCGGAGUAUUACAGUUGCAUGUGUGCACUUCGACGAGUUCAUCCGUCUUCUCUCCGUACACCAGGCUCCCAACCAAACCAUGUGGUGCGAUGCGGUGGACACCUUUCUAGAUGGAAUGGGGUACAAGUUGUCAUGCAAGAAUAACUUGUGUCAUCGUUUCGGCAAUACUUUCCACUGGUACCAAGUGCUGAGCAUCUUGGCUCGCAAUCGCAUUUCUACUAUCAUCGCUGACAUUCGGAGGGGUCAGGCACAUACCCCACCCAUCGAUCAGCCAUCUGAAUACCUUCGUUCUCGUUGCCUGCUUUGUUUCGGAGGCAAUACUUGCCAUGGAGCAGAUGCUCGUUCUAUCCCAGACGUUAUUGUUUGCAUAGAUGCCUGCUUUACUCAAAAGUGUUCGACUAAUCCUCGCAGUGCUAGCAGUAUUGACCCUCCUAAUCCGACUCCAACAUUCUUUCUGUCGAAUGAUGAUGUCAAAGCGAUGGAGGAUUUUGUACAAAGUUCUCGUGGAGAAAGACGUCGAAUGCAAGCCUCAAGAGCGGAAGAGGAGGAGGAUCGCUAUGAAGAAGGGAUGCGUGUGCCAGUGUCUGUGUUGAAUGGAUGCGGAGAAUCCUUUGUUGCUGCAGACAAAAAGCAUGAAAAGGCAACAGGGGAAAAGCAACACUACGCGCUCGCUCUCCUGGACCAGUUGUUCAAGCACAUACCCCCUCAGAUGACCGUAGGACUUCUCUAUGACAUCGGAUGUCAACUCGAACACAGCUGCCAAAAAUGGAAUCUUCUCGAUGACAAUACCCUAUCGUGCAUAUCCUUUGCUGUUGUGGUAUUCCAUGCCUAUGGCCAUCAAUGGCCCUGUCAGAUCAUCUACCAUCCGAGGAAGUGCGAGGGUUUUGGAUCGUCUGAUGGUGAGGGAUGCGAACGAUUGUGGAGUUCUCUCAAGCAACUCAUCCCAUCGUUACGCGUUUCUGGGUUCCAUCAACGUCUCUUUGUCCUUGAUGUUCAAAUUCGCCACCUGGACACAAAAUCCAUCCAAGGCUACGGACAUUGGCUCCAUCGGCGAUGGCUGCAUUGCCAGAUUAAGAAGAAUGCGGCUCUGGACGGUUUACUGGACUUAGACGUCAACAAGGAUAUCCUUCAUGCUGAAUGGAAGGUGCAAAUUGCUCACCAGACGCGACCUGUCCCACAUAAGAGGCAAUCCAAGAACAAGGCGGCGGAGGUCAUUACCACUAUUCUUGCGCUGGAGAAGACCCUGGAUGCUCACGAUACUUCUGUCCGUGAGCUAGAGAUGCAGCUUUAUGUAGGCGCCGUUGCUAAUGUCGUGGAGUUCAAUCUGCAGCUCGCCGAUGCUCGGUCACGACGACAGGCCGAUCUUAUGACGAUGAAGAAUGACAUCUACCUGACCAUCCGCUUGAAUGCUCACACAGUAAAAACUCGUAUUAGGGACCGUCUCCGUCAACACAAAUUUGAAUUGGAGAGGCUAGAGAGGUCGUAUCGAGCAACAGUAAAUGAACACAAGCUUCGCUCGAACACCCAGUAUUCAAUCAAACGGCGAGAACCUGCAAUUCUCAAACUGGUGUCAACUUACAAUGGCCUAUGUACUCAGCUACAGUCCCUCAUACGUCAACGGCGAGCUCCCCCAUCUGCUAUUCCCCCUCAUCCUAUUGCUCAUGAAGGCAUCUUCUUACUCAACGUGGACGAUGAAAUCUGGCAAGAUAUUGGCCUCAACGACGAUGGCAUGCACCUGCCGGCAUGGUUAUCGGAUGAGGCCACCAGGUCUGGUAUUUGUUUACAGCUUGAAUUGGAUCGUUGCAUUGAGGAAGAGACUCGUUUGAUGCGAGAGCGGUCUGUGAUGCAGGAAUGGAUGUUAGCAGAGUGGGAGGCUGUCCAGACUGCGUUGAGAGAUCCUGCCAAUGAUCUCGUGAUGCCAUUCCACCUCAAGGCCCGCGCAAAGGAACUUCUGUGCAUCUGUGUUGUCUGGAAGAACAAGGUUCGAGAGAUCCCUUGCGCUUGGCCAGUCGAGAGUUGGGGUCCUACAAACGAGGAUUUCCUUCGAGCCGCUCGAGACCAGGUGCAGUCAUCAUUUUUCCAGGAUGAUGAUGACAACAAGAGUGAGAGUGUCGGAGUGGUGGACGAGAGUGACGAGGACGGUGAUCUAGCAUAUUCUGAGGCGAGUAGCUGA